UGUCUCAAGCUUCCAAUUUUUUUUUCCUUGCCUGUCUCGUUCCAGCGAGCCGGCGCAAUGUCGGCGAGCGGAGGACAUGGCAACGACUCCCUGAGGUCGCCGUCGUCCUCCCCGCUGCACCUGCUGGAGGUUACCGUCAUCUCGGCGCAGGACCUGCACCGGCGCCGCCUCAGCCGCCGUGUGCGCGCGUACGCCGUGGCGUGGGCGGACGCGGCGCACAAGCUGCGCACGGGCGUGGACCGCACCGGCGGCGCCGUGCCCACGUGGAACGACCGGUUCCUGUUCCGCGUCGACGACGCGUUCCUGCGCUCCGACACGGCCGCGGUCACCGUGGAGGUGCGCGGCGCCCGGAGGCUGGGCGGCGACGCCGUGCUCGGGCUCACGCGCAUCGUGGUGAGCACGUUCGUGCGCCCCGGCGGCCGCGGGAGGCAGCGGCAGGUGGCGGCGCUGCUGCUCCGGCGGCCGCGCUCACUCCGGCCGCAGGGCAUCGUCAACGUGGCCGUGGCGCUGCUGGACGCCACCCACGCCGCGCGCACCGUGCCGCUCUACGACGCCCCCAGCUCGCCCGACGCGUUCGCCGUCCGGGACCUCGUGAUGACGAGGCCGGCGUCGCUGGGCAAGAUCGCCGAGUGCAGCGAGGAGCCGGAAGAAGUCGACGAGGACCAAAGCAGCCAGGCGUUCUUGAUCGACCAAUACGGGCACAUGGAACCCAAGGGCGCCGCCGUGGAGCAGAGGAAGCUGGAGCAGAAGCUCGAGAAGUGGAAGGCUGACCUGUCGCCAGGCCCCAAGGAAGGAAGACGCGGCGGCGCCCGGAGAUGGGGUCGGGGCUUGUGCUUCCGCGGCAGCGGUGAGUGGGAUAGGUAACAUAGCACUGCAUGGGAACAGCGCGACAGGAUAAUGCUACCGCAAAAAGUCUUUGAUUUGUUCAGAUUGUUUAGGUUUUAUUAUUACCACAGUUUUCGGACUUCAGAAUCUGUCUAGUAUUAUAUAUGUAAAAAAAAACUUCAAAAAAUAAAGAGGGCUCGCGUGCUUGUUCUUCUGUA